AUGUCAUCAUGGAUGACCGAUUGGGCUGAAAAGGGCGGCAGUCUCUUGAACCAGCUGGACAGUCGUGUCGCCAGUUUGUUGAAAAAUGAUGCGAAUGAGGAGGGAAAAAGUCUUCAAUAUGAUGAAUUGCGAUUGGAAUCCCCAACAAAGAUCAUCGAACCCCCAAAACCCCCCAAUGUGCCUUCCGCACCUGUUCGGGAAGAAGUUAAUUCAAGACUAACAUCAUCUGCACCUUCUAAGGCGGUUCCAAUUACAGAGGCAUCGGACACCCAGUUAUUCGAAUUUCUGAAUAGUUCUGCCCCAAUGGAACAGGCGAUAACAGCGUUAAAACCCAAUUCCUCUCCACUAGCUGCAGUACACUUGAAUUCACUUCAAUCAAAACCUGUUGAAUCGUCCAAACCUGUGGAUGUAUCGGAACCUCCGAAAACCGCAACUCUGGUAGCAAAAAAUGGCUCGGAUGUGGAGAUGGAGAACCGCUUAUUGCAUCAAGAAGUGGCCUCAUUGAACCAGGAGAUUGCUGAACUGAUGAAGCAAAAUAAACGAGCCAAAAUUGAUGCUCAACAGCACUCAAAAGAAAUACACGGUCUUCGAGAUCAAGUCCAGCAUCUGAAAGCGCUCCUUGAAGAGUCAAAGAAAAAAGCCCUUGAACAAGAUAAUUCCACCUCUUCCAAUGGAGAAGUGGCCAAGAGUAAUGUCAUCGAUCUGGAACAGCAGAUUGAAAAACUCACCAGAAUCCUUGCCUCCACUCGACAAGCUCACACUGAGAGUGAGAACAAAGCAAGUGAGGCGCUAAAGCUGGCAGAAUUGUCGUCAAGUCGGGCGGAACAGCUUCAACAUGAGGUGUCUCGAUUGAGACAUUCCUUGGCGAGCUACAAGGAG